GGGGCGGGUCUAUGUGGCGGUUGGGCAGCUUGAGGCCUCGGUGACGCAAUCCGCGGGCCAAUGGGGAGCGGCGCUGGGUGGAGCCCGGGACGUGGCCGCCGAGCGGACGCAGCCGAGCGGAGCCAUGACCCGUGGUCAAGUGACCAUUCUCUGAACUGACAGCUGUGCCAGUAACCCAGCCUGAGCGCUGGCACCGGGGGAGCUCCCAGUAACGUCUCAUCUCAGGCGGUAACCAGCGUGAACUGGCCCGUCAGAAGAACAUGAAGAAGCAGACUGACACGGGCAAGGGGAAGCGGCGCGAUGACGGCCUGUCGGCUGCUGCCCGGAAGCAGAGAGACUCUGAGAUAAUGCAGCAGAAGCAGAAAAAGGCCAGUGAGAAGAAGGAACAACCAAAAUAACGUGUGGGGAACUUGGUCUGGCCCAGGAGAAGUGAGGCAGCAUCCCUGCCCUUCACCUUUGUGCUUGCCCUGCCCUCCUCUCCAGCCCACCACAGCCUUCUGGCCCUCUUGCUGGUAGAAUGCAAAGCGUGUAGCCCGCCAGGAUUGUCCGCGCCUGAUGUACGUUCUCCCCACUCUACAAUGUGCAGCCAGUGUUGGCCCAGAGGGGUGGCCUGGCGCCGUGUAGCCAAGCAGCUGCAGAAGCCCCUCCCCCUUCUUAUUCACAUCGGACCCACUUCCAUGUAUUAAAGUAGCUUUUGGAUUCCUCA